UCGUACUUUGCAAAGCAUCAUAUGCACCUAGCUAUAAAAUGGCCAGCGGUCGAUUGUGCUUGCGCAUGCCAAGUAUUUUGGUGACGUGUGACGUUGUCUUUGUGCAUUUAGAUUUGGGUGGCGGAUGGUAUCGCAUUAAUGAUGCUGCUGUGAAGAUAAUCCAUGAAAACAAAACCUGGAUCGAUGCACGAGCCCACUGUCAGUCCCAAGGAGCUGAUCUGGCUUCUAUAAAAACAAAUUAUGAAAAUCUCUUUAUUAUUGAUAUGUUUUUGAAAAGUAUGACGUCAGAAGGCAAUAACAUAGCACUACCAGGGAAUGAUUUACCAGGCUUGUUGAAAUACUGGGCACUUGAUGGAACCGAUGGAGACGUCGUGCUGAAGGGAACCCCUUCCCCAAGUUACGAAGUGGUCGAUGGAGAAAAAGCACUUUACCUUCCUGGGUUCAAAGGCUACGCAGAAGUCCCGGUAGUCCUGAUGAAUCCCGAGGGAUACACGUUCAUGUUGUGGUUCAAGCCUAGCAACCAGAGUAUAGUACAAUGGGAAGAUGUAUACGGUGAUUGGACGCCAAGUCAACCGAGGUUUUACUUACGUUUGUCUAGGGCUCAAAGUAGAAUUACUAUAACUGUAAGGAAAGAGGACGGAAGUUCAAUGCAUUCCGCUCGGGCAGAGCAUAAAAGGGCCAAACUCGACCCAAGCAAUAGUUAA